AGAGUAGAAAGCUUGAAACUGAAGCAUAUCAUCAGCAGAGAUUUAGUCAGGAUAAUAAUAUAUAUCAACAGUAUCGUAAAGAGAAACGUGAAGUUCUAUAUAAAUUUCAACUACAAAAUUCAAACAAUAAACAACACACCGAAGAACCUGACACUAUACAAGAUACUAGCCAUAAACAAACUUCUGGAAUAUACUGUUUCAAAGGAAAAGUUGUAUUGGCUGAGCCAAAAAUUCUACCAUUAUUGCAACAACUUUGUUCUAAUCAAGAUGAUAUCAAUGAAUUACAACAUCGUACAAACACUAUUUCUAAUUCCAACCUUAAUUUGUCGAUACUUCAAGCACUAAAAACAAUGUUUGAUCAAUCUAAUCUCUAUGUUGAAAACUUUUGUCAUAUUUCAACUUUAGCUACAGAACAAAUAAAAAAUUUAUUAGUACACAUUUAUACUAAUAUUCCUGGCCUAGAUCAAAGAAUUCACAACACACCUACUGUAUCUCAGGCUCCUAAUAAGAUUCCAUAUAGAGACAUCAACAUUGAGCAUGAACAAGCUGAUCCUGAAGAUAAUUUGAUUAACUACAACAAUUUAGAACUUGAUGAUAAUGAUUCUAAUUCUAGACGCUAUAGAAAAUUUGUGACUGCAAUGGAAUAUUAUACUUAUCAGCUUCAAAUUUGGCC